AUGCCAGCAGAGCAUGAAAUAGCCAUUAUAAAAGCAGAAGCUGCAACAGAGUUCUACGCAGUACCAAUAAACGUUGCCGCUACAAGGUGCUGUCACUCCACGGAGUUAAAAAACGAACUAAAUGGGUAAGUAUAAAUUUGAAAUAAAAUUUCUGCAAGUAUUCCAGGUUGCUGGAAAAAUUACGCUCGAAGACUGAGGCAAAAGGUUUGCAGAUGACUCAAGAAAAGGGUUUUGACAGAGUAAUUAAUCUAAGCGCGUUUGUUUGCAUAUAUUUUAUAUUUCAUUUUAUGUACAUAAUUAUUUCUCGGUAAGAUUAUAUUAUCCUAUACUUUUGUUAUCUUAACCGGGCUCGUACGUAGUCACGUGCGUAGGCCCCAAAAUGUAAAUGUAGGAAAUAAAUAAAUUUAAGCAAAGAGAAAAGAAGCUCGUUAGAUAAAAAAGAGAAACAGUUUCUCGUUCGAGAAGAUAUAAAUAUUUGAAACUUUGGGCAACAUUUUCCCUCGAUUAAUUGAUUAUUUUCUUCGAUUCUGAGCUAUUUGUGAUUAUUUAUUGUUGUAAACAGGACUAGAGAAAGAUGAAGAUUAUAAAACAGAAGUCCAGAUCAGCGGCCGCUAUAAAAUCCUCAGUGGUACCCCACCAUCUCAUCCUAUUCUGAUUGAACACUCCUGUUUAAUGACACCCGGAAAUGAGUGGGAUAUGGAGGUUAAAUGUCGCCCCAUAUUACAAGGAGCCCAAGGUGUGUCCAAUCAGGAAAAUAACUGGAGAAGCUUGAUGGUAGUUUACCCCGAAGCUGAAGUGAAAUUAAAACACAAUGACAUCGAAGUCACUUUGCCGUCUCUGCAGGAGGACGUCGAGAUCGCUGCGUUCGGAAGACCAGGAAAAGAUGACAAGAAAAGAAUGCAAAUGGCGAUCUUUGCUAAACGACCAAAACAAGGAAGAGACUGGAAGAUUUGGGUUUAUCUUGUAGAUGAUACAAGUCCAGCCUGUGAGGUAUAGUGUGCUAUUAUGCUUAUUUAUUUGUUUGUUUGUUUAAAAUGUUACCGCAUUUCGUUACUCUAUGAUCAUGAUUUUAUCGCCUUAGCGAGCCAGCCAGCCAUUGAUCACUCCCUUCCGGCAAAGGCGCUAAAGAGCUUUAAUACCGCUAACCAAUGUAAUGCAAAACGAUAAUGCCAAGAGCACAAUUUAUUAAUUCAAGUUAUUAACAUACACUGAUACGAAAACUGACUUCUACGUUUUAUUUCUUUUCCUCGUAUAAAACAGAAAAUGUUUCAGGAUGAAGAUGAAAAGGGAAACAGACUACUGACACCACUUGCUGGGAUAUUUGUGUCCAACAGCAAUAAAGACAUCACAAUUGAACUCAGCAAACUGGAGCCUGGAUGGAAAAUCAAAGGAAGCAAUGUAAAGGUACCAAAGGGGAAUUUGAUUGUCAACAGUUCCCUUCACGAUACUGAUUAAAAUCCCACGCUUGUUAUCCGCUGCAUGUUUGGAUUAGUUGGUAGAGUUCUAGUCUCUAUAGCGGAGAUGACUGGACCAAUUUCCAGUACCAGUAUCAGUACCAGUACAAGUAGAGUGGUAGUGGUAGUGGUAGUGGUAGUGGUAGUGGUAGUGGUAGUGGUAGUGGUAGUGGUAGUGGUAGUGGUAGUGGUAGUGGUAGUGGUAGUGGUAGUGGUAGUAGUAGUAGUAGUAGUAGUAGCAUUAGUAGAUCUUGUUUUUAAAUAAAUUCCACUUCACUUUCCUUUUUAGACUAUCAAAUCAACUCAUGCAUGGAAUUCCUCAGGGAACUCCGUAGAUUUUCCACGUUGCUAUUUCGAAAUAAGUCACGAGAAUAGUGCCAAGCAUUCACUCUUCUGUGGAAUAGAAGCUUCUCACGAAGGAGACAGUGCACAAGCAGAAGUUGUGGCGUAUUUUGAACGAGUAAGUGUUGACAGAAAAUAAUUACUAUAAUUGCAACAAUUUCGCCUGACUUGCCAUAAAUGCGCUGAUAAAUCUUAUACUUACUUCUGUUGCUCUCCAUCGAAGAAAAAUAUCAAUGCAAGAGUAUAUUUAACCAAGCCUUAGGUAACCGCUGAACUUUUUCAUCUUCGUUUUAUAGGAAAGUGGUCAGAAAAUCGUCCAGCCCUCUAACAAUUCUCGCAAACUGAGUAAUAAGUGGAACUUUGUUUCAAAAGGUAAACAGAAAAUAAUGUAUAAUCACUUUGAAGUACGAUGUAACUCAGAGACCAAGAGGAGCUAAAAAAGACCUCUGCAAAAUACAUAUCUCUUUUGACCUGUGUAAUCUAUUUUCAUAUUGUAGUCUAGUUUUUCUCAACUUUUUAUAUGAACUUUCAAAUUUCUUAAUUAUUUUUCUCACAGAGAUUACCGCCAGGUUGCCAUUUCAUGAUGUUUUGACUCUGCUUUGUGCACUUUUAGCUUCUGGCCUCAAUACCACACACGUUACAGGUAAGCUUGCUUUAUAAUUUUCAAUAUUAAAUAUACGAUGCCAUAAACGUGUUUUGGAUCGGAUAUCCUAUUAAAGCGCCUGGUAGUAAUAAACGAUGCCAUUGUAUAAAACAAAUACGGGAACCAUACGUUUGCUGAGAUUGCUUGCUUGUUUCUUGAAAGACAAUCACAGAAGUGUAAGUAAACCCUUUCAAAAACUUGAAAAUCGUUUACAUGCGUCAGGAAGCAUCAAAAGAUACCCUGGCUCUCUAUAUAACAGCAAAUACAAUUCUUUUCAUUUCACUUACAGCAAGCACAACAAUCUCAAUAUUUUUGUUUUAAAUUUUAACAGGAUCAAAUUCAACUUAUCAGCAAUUUACGACAAAGAAGGAUUUUAAAGAUUUUACCAAUUCCAAGCCGCCUUACAACUUCAUUAGAAUGCCUCGUUCCGGGGCGCUUGUAAAGCGCCGGAAAGCAGGAUCCACCAGCUGCGGUUCAACUGUCGCACAAGAUCAUGCACAUUAUGCAACUGCAAGAAAGCCAAACGCCUCGGAACGAGGAAAUGCGUUACAGUUAUUCCAAAAACAACAUUCUCAAGAAGUCUACUAGAAGAGUAAACAAGAAACAAGAAAAAAGCCGAAUGGACAAGAAAAAAGGAAAGAAAAAUAAUAAUGAUGAUCAAUUAACGCCGAUGAGACC